AUGCUCACUUCUGUGCGCUGCGUGCUAACCAAGCUAGUUUCUUCGAUUUGGAGAACUGCUGACGCAGGUGGAGACAACAUCUGCACGGAAAGCGCUGGCACAGAGGACAUCCGCCACCUGCGGGGCAGUGUGGUGACGCAGCUGUGUUUGGACUACGGGAUGAUAGACGAUGCCAUAUACUUCACAAGCAAUGAGGUUUUGGGCGGAAUUCCACUAGAAGAGGGAGACCAGGUGAACUGCAUCGCAGUCAGAGAUGGUGCUGAGAAAGGAUGGAAAGCUCUGAGGGUGGAGAAAAGUGCAGAUGCCUGGGAAGACGGAGGGAGGACCUCCUUAGAAGCCGACAGCAUGCAGCUGCGCCCUCUCAUAGGAACCGUCACGUCGUUUGACGGCGAUAGUGGCUACAUCAAUCAGACCACAUACUUCACACGUUACAGCCUUUCAGAAGGUUAUGAACCAAUGAAAGGUGACUGGAUUCAAGCUAAGUUUUAUAUCAACCCCACCCAAUGGUCCACCCAAGCUCAUUCUGUGGCUCCAUUACGCUAUAGUCGCCUAAACCAGGUGCGAGUGACUAGUGUGUAUGGAAACAGCGGAGUGGUGGAGGACAGUGUUUUCUUUAGCUUGGACUCUCUGCUCCUGCCAACCCAAUACAAGCCUUCACCAGGGGAUCUGGUCAACUUGGUAAUGGUGGAAAGCUGUCAGUCCUUCUACUCUUGGAGAGCCCUUUGCAUUGCGCCCUGCUGUCAGAGGUACCACUGA